UAAGCUGGAGGGAUUAGGCAAUCUUCACAAGGCACUCUCCCCUUCUCCUUCAUCUUCUUCGUCGUCACCUUCUCGUCAACUACACAAUUUUCUUGCUGGUAGAAUUUACACACAUGCUCGACAGAUCAUGAGUUCAAGCCCCUGAGCUGGAUUGCAAGAAUUGUCCUAGGAAAUUGAACAUAUUCGAAGCUGAUUUGGCCGAGGGAAGUGACUGCCAAAACUCAAUAGCAGUAGACAGUUUUGCCGGGUUGAUUGUUGUGUCUGUGAGGGGAUUUUGUUUAAUAGGAAACGCGUGUGGUCGUUUCAAAUGGCGCUACAUCAUCCGUUGCUACUGUUACCUCGAUGUCGCUGCGCCACUCCUGGGUCCGUAGAUGCAUCCCGAACCUUAUCCCACUCACAUGCGUCUAGCUCUGCGGUUUCUGCUGUUGUAGUUUCUGGGUUGGUACUGGGAGAACCGAAGUCGAGGUGUGUAGAGGGGACAUGGAAACGUGGGAAUACGCUGCGGGGUUUUGGGUUUGACGAGUUUGGAAAAGGGUUCACGAGCAGGAGGUUUAUGAGAGAGGUGAGCUUGCGGGCAACGCUGGCCGAAGUCGGAGUCGUGAACACAAAUGUGCAGUUGACUGACGAGAGCGCCGAACCUGGUGACGAAGCCGAUGAAGGUUUGAAACCAAUGCCAGGUUCGAAUAUAGUCCUUACUGCUGGUGCAGAUGUUGGCCGGCUUGCGCUGGUAAAGUCAGCGGAAUUUAUUAAGAGUAGUAGCAAGGAAUCAGAAUGCCCAAGCGAAGGAUAUCCAGAAUUUGCAUUGGUGGGGCGUUCGAAUGUUGGCAAAUCGUCUCUUAUUAAUUCGCUGGUUCUUCGCAAGGAGCUUGCACAAACAUCCAAGAAACCUGGUAAAACGCAGCUCAUAAACCACUUUCUUAUUAACAAGAAGUGGUACCUGGUUGAUCUUCCUGGUUACGGAUUUGCCAAGGCUCCAACUGCCGUUCGUACUGAUUGGAAUGAGUUCACAAAGGAUUAUUUUUUGCAACGAGAAACGCUUGCUUGCGUUCUGCUUCUUGUUGAUGCUAGCAUUGAACCUCAACAAAUCGAUCUAGACUGCGUUGACUGGCUUGGUCGUAACAAGAUACCAGUUACUAUCGUGUUUACAAAAUGCGACAGGAAGAAAAAAAAGAAGAAUGGGGGGCGGAAACCACAAGAAAACAUCGAAGAUUUCUUAGACAGGCUGAAACCGUUGUACGAUGAAAUCCCUCCAUGGGUCAUGACAAGUUCUGCAACUAACCAAGGUAGGGAAGAGUUACUACGCCACAUAGCCCAGUUGCGGAUUUUCUGGGCUAGAUGAGUGUCGAAUCCUUUGUGCUCUCACAACCACACCAGGAUUAUCAAUUUAGAUCUUAGAUAGAGGAUGAGGAGGCGAUUAUACGGAUAAAUAGUGUCUGAAGAUUUUAAGAACUACGAAUUAUUUGCCAUAAAAUUUCCCUUUGAUUUUAGAGUAGAGCAAACUCCUGUGCCUGAUUGGGAUCUCAUUGAAAGCUUAUCAUGGAUCAGCCAACUUGAUUUUCUGAAUGAUUAGUCCUUGGGCUUAGGUUUUGAAAAGUUGAAAUGGACUUGAAUGCAGGAUAGAUCUGUUCAAAUAGAAAAUCUUAUUGAACCAUUCCUUUCAGUUAAGCUUCUUGCUGCUUUGACUCCAGUGUUUUAGUUCAACAUAAUUAAAGUAUGUAUUAUAUGGAA